AUGGCAACAACAUCAAUGCGGGAAAACCUCUCGGUGGAUCUGGAUCAACUCCUCGCAAGACUUUCAGACACGCUGCUCUCGCCGACGGCGGAUGACACGCAUCUCCGCACCACACCUUAUGAACGCAAUCGCAUCAGUGCUGUGAGUAUCACUCCCUCUACUCCACUACUAUGCCUGUCCUUCUCUUACCUAGAAGCUAAUCUCCCCUGCCCAGNNAAUGUUGAAUACGCACGCACACUCGUCCUCCGCCUCGAACACAACACCCAAGACAUCAAGACCCAAUCCCAAAAGACCACACUUCAAGCCGAUCUAGCCACAAAACGCGACCUCGUAAAACGAUUAAACACUCGCCUGCUAGAACUAAACCAACUAGCCGCUCUCCACGAUGACGACUCGUCCUCCUCAGAAGACGAAGACGAAGCUCAACGACCCAGGGAAUUUGCACCAGCAGUCUCGACAUCAGAUACCCUCGACACAGACCCUUCCCUCACAUCACCACAACAAGCAGCCCAAGAUCUAGCCUCCACAUUACGAAACAGAACAAAUGCGACAAACAGCACUGCAGCUCCCGACUCUGCAACCACCACCGCACUCUUCAGCAAAUCAAACCCCAGCACUGCUCCUACCCCUCUCUCCACAGAACAGGUCCUCGACUCGGCAACCCGCGACCAAGACCUCCUGACCACUUCCCUCGUCACCCUCGCCCGCUCCCUCAAACAGUCGUCUCUCCAAUUCGCCUCGUCCCUCGAAUCCGAAAAGGAAGUCCUGAGUCGAGCAGAGUCCGGCUUGGACAAAAAUUCCAUGGGCAUGGAGGCUGCGGGAAACAGAAUGGGUGCAUUGAGGAGAAUGACAGAGGGCAAGGGUUGGUGGGGAAGGAUCAAACUGUAUGCUAUUAUCGCCGGCUUGUGGAUUGCGGCUUUCUUGUUGGUGUUUGUGGGGCCCAAAUUGAGGUUUUGA